CUGUGCGUAACUUUCCUUCUCUCCGGAUCCAUCCCGGGGGAGGCUGGGCGGGCGGCUGCUGCGGUCCAGGGGUGGAGGUCAGGGCUCCGACCAGGCGCAGCCAGGCGGAAGCGCCGCUGCCAUUGGCCGGGAGGCGGAUUUUACCUGCGCGGGACCCGGGGAGCAAAGUCCGAGGCGCGGGGGGAGGAGGCGGCGGCCGGCAGCGCAGGUGGGCCGGCGUCCUCGCCCGGCAAGAUGCCCCUGAGGCUGCGGGGGAAGAAGGCCAAGUCCAAGGAGAUCGCCGGGCGGCUGGAGGGCGAGCCGACGGGCGCGGGCGGCGGGAGCGUCUCAGCGCCCCCGGCUCCCGCACCCAAGCUGGUCUUCCACGCGCAGCUGGCGCACGGCAGCGCCACGGGCCGAGUGGAGGGCUUCUCCAGCAUCCAGGAGCUCUACGCCAAGAUCGCGGGCGCGUUCGAGAUCUCGCCGUCGGAGAUCUUAUAUUGCACUUUAAACACACCUAGAGUUGACAUGGAAAGACUCUUAGGAGGACAAUUAGGACUACAAGAUUUCAUGUUUGCCCAUGUGAAAGGAAUCAAAAAAGAAGUGAAUGUGUAUAAAUCUGAGGAUUCACUUGGUCUUACCAUUACAGAUAAUGGUGUUGGCUAUGCUUUUAUAAAGAGAAUUAAAGAUGGUGGUGUUAUUGACUCAGUUAAAACAAUCUGUGUUGGGGAUCAUAUUGAAUCCAUAAAUGGAGAAAAUAUUGUUGGGUGGCGUCACUAUGAUGUUGCUAAGAAGUUAAAGGAAUUAAAAAAAGAAGAACUCUUUACCAUGACGUUAAUAGAACCUAAGAAGGCAUUUGAAAUACAGCCAAGAUCAAAGGCUGGAAAGUCAUCAGAAGAAAACAUUGGUUGUGGAAGGGGAACACUUCGCCUGAGAUCAAAAGGUCCUGCUACCUUGGAGGAAGUGCCUUCUGAAACCAAAGCAAAGGCCAUUGAAAAGAUUGAUGAUGUUCUUGAAUUGUACAUGGGAAUUCGAGAUACUGAUUUAGCCACUACAAUGUUUGAAGCUGGAAAGGACAAAGUUAAUUCAGACGAAUUUGCUGUGGCACUUGACGAAACUCUUGGAGACUUUGCGUUCCCAGACGAAUUUGUCUUUGAUGUGUGGGGAGUCAUUGGUGAUGCCAAACGAAGAGGGUUAUGAUGUGGACACUCCAUCUCUGAAGAAACAAGCCAUUGUUCUUCUUUUAUUCUUUUUUUAGAAGUUCCAUAAGACCUGUUUUUGGACACCUUUAUACGAACUCUGGUUUAGUUUCAUGUGUAUGGAAUAUAUUCUUUGAAAUAUAAUUUUGGUAAUUUUGAUUUCUGGGCACUUUUUAAUAUUGCUUAUGUAGUAUGCUUAAGAGAAAUAACCUAAAUAAGGAUCAAUUGUAAUACUCAUUCCAAAGGUUUUUAAAAGUAAGUUUUAAGGAGUAUUUCUAGGUAGAUUAUUUUCUUCUCUAUCAAUGCCCAUGCUUUGUUUUUCUUAUAUAAAGAGUCGAUUUUAA